UGGAAAGGGAGGGCGGGGUGAAGUCUCUGUGGAGCCCGCCGGCUUCGCAAUGAAGAGGAUUUGGCGGUUCGGGAGGGAGAAGGGCAUGUCGCCCUUGGGCUCCGCUUCUGGCUUGCAGAGGCAGGCCAGGGGCGUUGGGCAGAAGAACAAUACAACUGACAACUUGCUGCUGGGUUACCAUGUCCAAGACAGAGAUCUCAGAAAGAUCCACAAGGCUGCCUGCGUGGGCAACGCAGCGCAAGUGCAGCAGAUUCUGUUCUUCGCGGAAAAUGGCGUGGAUGAUAGAGACAAGAUGAACAGCAAUUACGAAGUAAUUUGCCGACAUAAAGAAGAAAUCAUGCUUAAAAAUUCUUUGCAAAACAGCCAUCCUGGAUCAGAUAAGAAUGCUGAGGAAGAUUCUAUAACCAGGCUUUCCGACACACCUGUUCCUGAUGAUUCAUGGUCUACAUCAGCUAGCCAAGACUUUGAUUUUGGUACCAAGAAACGAUUUCUUUAG